AUACUUUCAGACUGAAAAUCAUGACUUGACACGUCUUGAAACCUCCUCUGCUAAAACCUUAAUGGACAUCGGGACACGGAGAAUCUUCUCAUCAGAUCAUGACAUCUUUCGGCAAAGUGUGAGAAAAUUCUUCCAGGAGGCUGUAGUUCCACAUCAUGCAGAGUGGGAGAAAGCUGGACAGGUGAGCCGAGAACUCUGGGAAAAGGCUGGACAGCAGGGUUUGCUGGGGGUCAAUAUAGCAGAAGAACAUGGGGGCAUCGGAGGAGAUCUUUUCUCAGCUGCAGUUGUUUGGGAAGAGCAGAUGUAUGCGAACUGUUCAGGCCCAGGAUUCAGCCUGCACUCAGAUAUUGUCAUGCCCUAUAUAGUCAACUAUGGUUCGAAAGAGCAGAUUAAAAGAUUCAUUCCAGACAUGGCAGCCGGGAAAUGUAUUGGUGCAAUAGCUAUGACAGAGCCUGGGGCUGGAAGUGAUUUGCAGGGAGUGCGAACCUUUGCAAAAAAGGAUGGAAGUGAUUGGAUUCUAAAUGGCAGUAAGGUGUUCAUUACCAAUGGCUGGAUGAGUGACCUAGUGAUUGUUGUAGCCGUCACAAACCGUGAGGCCCGUUCCCCUGCUCACGGCAUUAGCCUCUUCCUGGUAGAAAAUGGAAUGAAAGGAUUCAUCAAAGGGCGUAAGCUGGAGAAAAUAGGACUUAAAGCACAGGACACAGCAGAGCUGUUUUUUGAGGAUGUUCGUCUGCCUGCCAGUGCCCUGCUGGGACAGGAGAACAAAGGCUUCUAUUAUCUAAUGGCAGAGCUUCCUCAGGAAAGGUUGUUGAUUGGUGAUAUGGCAAUUGCCAGUUGUGAAUUCAUGUUUGAAGAAACAAGAAAUUAUGUUAAACAGAGGAAAGCAUUUGGGAAAACCAUUGCACAUUUACAGACGGUGCAACACAAGCUAGCGGAACUGAAAACACAAAUUUGUAUUGGUCGGGCUUUCUUGGACAGCUGUCUCCUCCUUCAUUCAGGGAAACGCCUGGACUCGGCCACUGCUUCGAUGGCCAAAUAUUGGGCUACUGAUCUCCAAAACAAUGUGGCUACUCAGUGUGUACAACUCCAUGGAGGUUGGGGAUACAUGUGGGAGUAUCCAAUUGCAAAAUCUUUUGUAGAUGCUCGUGUUCAGCCAAUCUAUGGUGGCACCAAUGAAAUAAUGAAAGAGCUCAUUGCCAGAGAUAUUGUGAGUGACAAGUAGGUAUAUGAUUAUGCUGAAGAAUCAUUCCAGAAUCCAAUUUCAGCUGGCAUGGAAUUCAGUUCUACUCCCCUCCCCCCUCAAAAAAAGGGCUGUCUAAAUGAAGUGGAUGCAUCAUUUAAAAACUGAUACAUGCAUGUUUCUCUUGUUGAUCCCUGAUGUUUUUAACAUAGAGUAACAGUUGUCUUUCCCUAGUAAUAAGACCCCAGAUGAAUUCAGAAAGGCAAGAAGCUGUGUGAUGUAUUAUUUGGACAAGCUGUGCAUUAUUAUUUAAAGCUGAGUUGUUUGAAGCCCAGUGUAAUUAAUUCUAAUUACUGAACAUCAAGGAUUAAAAACAUCACAUUCUGGAGAAAUGCUUUUGUGUGGCUAAAGGGGAAGAAAAUGUGAACCGUAGAAGUUAGUAUAGCAGGGGAGAUAUUUGCAAGUGGUAAAGUGGGAGCCCGUUUUUGACAUUCCUCCACUGCCCCAUUCUGAAGUACUGUAUAGUAAUCUUCAUGGCUACAGUCCUGUGUAAGCACAAAGAGUAUUCCUCCAGUAAAUGUCAGUAAAUGGAAAGUUAAUCUUCUAAUGUUAACAGGGAAUUGCACAAGAAUAUUGACAAAAGUUACAUGUAAAAAUUGCCUUAUUUUGACUUGUCUAUAUUUUGCUUGAAUAAUAAAUUAAAAUUAAAAAAAUAAAUAAAUACCAAAC